AUGGAUGCACAUUCUCUCAGUUGUAGCAUCUGCAACAGGAGGCCCCAGUUCAGCGAUGUCUCCCAUCUCCUUACCCACAUCUCUUCAAAGGCCCAUCUAGCUAGCCACUUCAAGCUUCAGGUCCAGAGCAAACACAGCUCCCAAGCUCUGGAAGAUUUGACACAAUAUGAUCGGUGGUGCAAGGAGAAUGAUAUUGCAAGACUGUUGUCCGACCGUAUGGCUUCGUCUGCAAAGUCAAAUCGAAGACGACGAAGUAAUAGAUCGCUUGGAACUGAAACAGAUAUUCCCUCUCAAUCAUCGCUCGACUUCCCGGGAGACAAUAUCGACCCUCGCCUUUCCGACAUGCAACCCCUGACCGACGAGCAUUACAGAACCAGAAUCUCUUCUAUAGUUAAUCCGUCUGAUCCAUAUAAUCUGUUUGAUCCAAAGGUUGAGCCGGAGUCUCCGCAAUUAUCAGAGAUCGACAAUAUUCCAUGGUGUGGGCGCAAUAGGGGCACCUACGAUUCCUCCAGAUACAACCCAUUCGUUUCUAGCGAGUUUCCCAGAUCACCAAUCCUGAAACCGGAGCAUCUUCCAUUUUCUGGUUCCUACCUCUAUCUUACCGAAGACAAGAAAGUUGAUGAGGUUUCCAGACUGAAGGGUGUUCAGUGGCCGGGUAUGGAUUGUUUUGACGCUGCGUCAGAUGUUAUGAAACGACAAAGGAACCAGAAAAAAGAUGCGAGUACUUUCAAAGCAAUGGAAGAAGCUUCCUGUGCCAGCGAGCCGAGCGAGUUGGUGUUUUCACCCUCAGGAACAUUGCGGAGAGAGCGUGAAAUCACUGGGUUCGUUGAAGAUGAUGAUCUUUUGCCGGGAGAAUGGGCUGUUCCAAAAUACCGUCGAGACCGUCGAGGCCGUCGUAGUCGUGCCGUCCAGGAGGCUUCUAUCGCUCGUCGCAGACAAGAAAACCAACGUGUUGCGUUGGCUGUGACGGAUGCCAAUCGUCCUGUCUUGGGAGGUCGGGUAACAAAAAGCAACCAUGAACCAAAGCGCGCAGUCCUAGGGGAUUACAAGCGUCGAGAAACCUCGAUUCGUGCUACUUCUUCCAAAGUCGGUGACCACUGGCUCUCUCACGGCCAUUUUAAUCGUGUCAAUGAUGGGGAUGAAGACUGGCAGCUUUCAAUGGGGACAACUGGCAGACGCCACACAACUCGACUGAAUAUCUUCAGAGAUGAUGACACCACCGACGUAGAGGAGAAGCGUAACGCUCCUAGCCCCGAGAUAAUUCCAAGCUCAGCCAAUCGCAAUGCGCAACACAAUACCUUGUACCAAAGAGCAAAUGAUGCUAUCCAUAGCCUGUUGGAAACGGAUGAUUCGUACAAUCUUCCAACACUGUCAAACGAUAUUAGCCCAAUUGUUCAGCACAGUGACUCCCACAAUCCUACAAGCGCUCCACCAAAUACAUCCAGAAAUAUUGAUGGUAUAUAUCUUGUCGACGCCUCUCUCGGCUCAAACCAUCGUGUUCCAUACGAUCCUCUUGUUGGAGGCAACGUACUCCACUACCGAUGGGACUGGCAUGGCUCCGAAUUGGGACGAGGCUUGAAUGAUGCCGACGACAACCUACUCGGUGGCGGCUUGUUUUACCGCCGUGCAGUAUCUUCCGACACCACCAUCUACCAAGACGACCAGGAGACCAAAAGUUGCCUUUGGCUUGACGGCUAUAGCCGAUGA